GGCGUGUAACGAACGAGCGCGCGUUCUCAUUUGUAGUCUACGGCGCCUGGUCAGUCACACUGCAUUCACAAUGCGGGCCACUGUGUGCUCGAUAGUCCUCACUCUCUCCAGCUUGGGCUUCAUCAGUGUUACCAAUGCACAGGAUGGCCGCUGUUCGGUAACUUGCCGAGACCAUCCCAGCUCUACUGCGGGUGGCAGGCUGCUAACUCUGCGGCUGUCUUCUACGGGAGAGAGUCUGGGACAGCUGGUACACGACCCACCAGCCUCCAGCGCCUCCAAUGCGUCCAGACUGGCAGCAGCAGCAGUCACCAAGUUGUUGGGACCUGCAGCAACCUCAGACUUUUCAGUACCUGCAGCACCAUGGGAUCCUGUAGUGCACCUCACCAGCAUUUGGAGCAGGACAAGCUGCUGUUAUCUAUCCUCAACGUCGACUUGUGUAACGAAGACACUUAGCCACCCUCUGACUCCAAGAACAAGUGUACUGAGAGUCCUACUCCACACGGUGCAGGUCAGUGCUGGUCUCUGACAUAUGCACCAUCCCAAAACAUUCCAGUGUUACUACAAGGACAGAGUGUAUUAGUGGUGGAUGAGUAGGUGCCAGUUCCUUCCAGUGUUAUAAUACUAUUCACUUCAAGUUAUAAUUUAACAGCUAGCGCUUCAAAGCGCUCAAAUAUUGGUAUAGAAGCAUCAGUGGAUAGUGACUGGCAUGUCAUGUUAGAGAUCAAAAAUGCACCGAGAACUGACAAAGUGCACUUUACGGAGUUGGAAUGAGAUGACUUGUGUAAUGCAGAACCCUACAUCAGUCAACAGAUGACCACAGAGUCUGAUCCAUCCCAUUCUCUCCCAGAUAUUUGGUGUGCUGGUCUGACGCUAUCUAUAUCAUCAUUCUACGUCGGUGGUGCACUCAUGCUGAGAUGAGGUGGUCGGUCCAUUUAUUUUCAGCACUCCACCAUUAUGAACUUAUUUGGUCUACAGAUGGUGCAAACCAUUGUGUUGGACAGACUUAAUAGACGGUUGCCUCAUGUUCAAACUGUGUGUAAAGACAUUUUGAACUGUCUCCAUACGUAUAGUGUGCAUGUAGACGAUUUAGAACACAUCAUCAACACGGUGCCAAAAGAAGAAACUGAAGGAAUACCCAUCACUUUGAGGGAAAUACAAGCUGAAUUCUGUGCAUGCAAGAAAGCUUUAUUUGCCAAAUUCUGUGCAAGCAUGAAGAUGAAGAAAGAACCAAUUGAUUUUGUUGAAGUGGUGCACCCUGUAAACGACUACUGAAUAAAAAUAAUAAUGAUGUUAUUGCUAUCAGUAUUUUCAGUGCAAUAUCUAGAAUACUACAACAGCAGCAAGUUGUGUGAAUCACGUC